AUGGUGCCGCGACACGGGAGUACUACUUCGAAUAACGGGCUAACGAUCCAAGAGGCAUCGGAGGCAGGUGCGCAGUCGGCUAGAAGGUCGCCGACCGCAAGAGAGCACAGUGAGAGACCUGUCGCGUCCUGGAGCUCUGAGGGAACCUUCACGACAGGCCACGGGGCCAGCGACGACCAGGAGGGCUACGAAGAACAGUUUGCCGUUCCCGAUGCGGCUCCCGACGAUGGAGCCGCGAAGGGCCGCGACGCAAGUCGUGUUCCUACCGGUCAGAAGUCUGCAAAGGCCGACGACCAACAACAACCCACCGCCAAGGCAGCCACGAAGCGCAAGUCGCCCAAGAGGAAGAAGAAGAAGCUGCGCGCGCCAGACUCGGCGGAGGAGUCGCUGUCCAAGCCGCAAGGCAAGAACACGGGACGUCAGUACACCGUCGAGGAGGUACGAACAAGACCCAAUCCAAUCUUGGUCUUCCUCAAGCCCAUGCUGAUGAGCAGCUUCACAGGCCCCUUCGUGGCGCCGGACUUCGAUAGUCUCACCAGCGUCGCCCACGCCGCGCCGACUCUCUUCCAGAUGCUGCGUGACUCGGGAUUCGUGCGGGGGGCUUUCGAGAUGGAGAGGCUGUGCGAUUGGGACCUCAAAUCUUGGUUACGUGCGAUUCGCGUCGUGCAGGAGCCCUUGGCGAUUCUCGCCGGAUCCGUCAAACAAGACGCGACGAGUUCCGAAACCGACCAAGACGCGCCGAGUCCCUCGGCGGGCCCAGCCCAGACUUCGACGACCACGCCCUCGCCUCCACCUCGAUACCAAUCGAGCGUGGACUCCGACAGCAGUUUCGAGUCGCCCAAGCGCAUGCCCAUGAACCGGCCGCCGCGCGUCAUGCAGCUAUCCGCGGCGCCCGCACGCACGGAGUUGACGAAACCCGCCGAGGAGGUGCUUCCCAAGGCCUUGGGAGAAUCCAUCAUCAAGUUGAUGCAGACGACAGUGAUGAGCGCCCCGCGCGCCGACACAGCCGCAAUUCCGACGGGGCCGAAGCCGCCCGCGAGUCCCACACUCACGGUGGCUCGCCCCCAGGAGGCAGCGGAUAUCGCCAUGGAGUCGGUCAGUUCGCGUUCUUCGACGAGGUCCAGGGCUCGACGCAACGCAGACGAGGACCCCGAUGACCUGUUCGACUUGGACAUCGGAGUGCCAAGAACCGCGGCCGCCGUCUCGACGGCGACAGCCGGCGGCGUAGCCCUCGCCCGCGUACGCCUCUCAGCAUCGUCCAAGCUGAAAGAGUUCUCGGGACGGGACGCCAGCGAAGAGAAAGCCAGACUGUGGCUCAACCGUCUGAAAUCCGCCGCGCGGCGCGACAGGAUGACGGGCGAAGAAGUGUGCGGGCAGUUCAGCGAUCUAAUGAGCGGCCCUGCGCGCCAAUGGUAUCUCCAGUUGCCCAGGAAGGUCAAGAAAUCAUGGACCGAGCUGAUGGAGCAAUUCCGUGUGCAAUACUGCGGCAAGGGCGUGUCAAUGGCCAGCCGCUACUACCAUGCGGCUCAGCGCCCCGACAAGACCCCCCUGGAUUACUUGUACCGGCUCAACGUCGCGGGCUUGAGGGCCAACAUCCCAUACGCCGAGGGUACGACUGAAGUGAAGCGCGAACACGUCGAGCAUUUCAUCCGGACGCUGAACACGCAGGAGGCCGAACUCGCCUCGCGUCUCACGCUGAUGGAGGUCGCCGACUCCGAGGCGCUGGAGAAGAAGCUGCGUGCCCGACAACGGGGACUGGCCCACCAGAAAAAGACUCUCUUCGGCUCGAACAAGUUCCGCCAAAAGGCGCCGACCCCACCGACUCAGCCGGCGCGCGCUGUGCAUGCGAUUCACGUCGCGUCGGACGAGUACGAUUCGGGACGCGAAAGUCGCGACAGCGACGAUCGCCAGUACGACCAAGACGAGGCGGACGAAGAACGCGCCAAGUUGUUCGUCGCGGGACAGGCUCCGCCGGGAGAGCCGGCGCGUCGCAACUUCGAUCCCGAUGACUCGGGGCGCGACCGCCCGCGGUGCCGCCACUGUGGUUCACGUCGCCAUGUCGAAGGAGACGGCUGGAAGAUGUUGACGUGUCAGAAGUGUGGUGGCCAGCACCCGACGGAGCGAUGCUUGAGGGUGUGCAAGGCCUGCGGUGACGUGCACGAAGCCGGAGAAUGCCCGAUGGAGGAGUUCUUCAACCAAUUGCGCCAGUGGUUUGACCCGAAUAAACACGCGGGAAUGCUGCCGCCGGCCGUCGAGAAGAUGUUAAAGUAG